UUUGUCCUGAGCCACAAAAUACCCAAUCCCUUUCUUCGUGUAUGCGAAUAAUAAAAUGAAAUUCAAAGCUUGCGAGUCCAAAAACAAGAACAAUACUUUGUUACUACAAUGAUAUGCGUUGUUGUUUAUUAGUUGGAAUUACAACUUAGAAGAUCAUCUAUUCAUUCAUGGGAACCGUUAUCGACUCCCAUUUCUUGGCCCUCACUGCCAUCGUCACUGUGGCUUAUCAAUUAUUCUUCUUUGUGAUCACAGCGCUUCUAAAAUUUGAUAAAGUCACUGACUUUGCAGGUAGCACAAAUUUUGUGAUACUUGCUAUCCUUACCUUGGUUGUGAAAGGAUCAUGGUACUUCCGGCAGGUGAUAUUGUCCCUUCUUGUAGUUAUGUGGGGCCUUCGUUUGGGGAUUUUUCUAUUAAUGAGGAUACUGCAGUGGGGGGAGGAUCGGCGCUUUGAUGAAAUGCGUGAAAAUUUGGCAAAGUUGGCCGUAUUUUGGAUAUUUCAGGCUGUAUGGGUGUGGACUGUGAGUUUACCUGUGACAGUUGUUAAUGCGAGCAGUCGGAAUCCUUCCGUUGAAGCUGCGGAUAUUAUUGGGUGGAUCAUCUGGUCUAUAGGAAUUUCCAUUGAAGCGACUGCCGACCAACAAAAGUUAACAUUCAAAAAUUCUCCAGAGAAUAGGGGCAAAUGGUGCGAUGUUGGAGUUUGGAAGUAUUCUCGCCACCCCAACUAUUUCGGAGAGAUCUUCCUCUGGUGGGGAAUCUUCGUGGCUGCAACGCCUGUACUAAAAAAUGCAGAAUGGCUCGUCAUCCUUGGUCCAAUAUUCCUCACGUUACUGCUUCUUUUUGUCAGUGGCAUACCACUGCUCGAGGAAUCGGCCGACAAGAAGUAUGGCAAUGUUUCUGCAUAUAGGCACUAUAAGAGAACGACGAGCCCUCUCAUCUUGCUUCCUCCUGCGCUGUAUGGAAGUAUUCCGCAAUGGUUCAAAACCACGUUUCUAUUCGAGUUUCCUCUCUAUAGUCGUGGUUUACCCCAAGAGACCUGGAGUAGAAGUCAGCCGGAGUCGUACGUGCAGAAGAUCAGUUAAGCAUUUACUAUAUCUUGACUCUAUGUUAGGAUCAGGUUUGUGAUUUUUAGCCCCUUUCAAGGAUGACUGUGUGACACACCUAUUUUUUCAGUACUCAAAAUUUCCGAAGUUGUUGGAUUAUGGUAUGAUUUAAUUUGUAGAAUUGUAAAAAAGAGUAGAUGAUAUACAUUGAAAAACUAUAAAUUUUUGAUGAUUGAAGACUAUUUUUGUGAA